CCGCAGCUCGCAGAAGCGCAGGCACCCGGCCGGCUCAGCCUGCGCGGGGCCGCCUCGCUCGCUUCGGGCUCGGCAGGCGGCCCGCGGAGCCCCGGAUCUCCGCGCCCUCAGCCAGAGGCCGAGGCAGGCGCCGACCUGAGACCCGGAGGCCGACGAGACCUUCGGUCAUUUUUAGGGGAGGAAAUGCAGACAUAGAGGGUACUGACCCUGGAAACGGAUCGGGAGGUUCCUGCUUGCCUGCGCUCCUGAACCAUGGGAGAAAAUGAGGAUGAGAAGCAGGCCCAGGCCAGCCAGGUCUUUGAGAACUUUGUGCAGGCUACCACCUGCAAAGGGACCCUCCAGGCCUUCAACAUCCUCACCUGCCUCCUGGACCUAGACCCGCUGGACCAUAGGAACUUCUACUCCCAGCUCAAGUCCAAGGUGAACACCUGGAAGGCCAAAGCCCUGUGGCACAAACUGGAUAAGCGUGGCUCCCACAAGGAGUAUAAGCGAGGGAAAGCCUGCAUGAACGCCAAGUGUCUCAUUGUCGGAGGAGGACCGUGUGGCUUGCGCACUGCCAUUGAACUUGCCUACCUGGGAGCCAAGGUGGUUGUGGUGGAAAAGAGGGACACCUUCUCCCGGAACAACGUGCUGCACCUCUGGCCCUUCACCAUCCACGACCUGCGGGACCUGGGAGCCAAGAAGUUCUAUGGGAAAUUCUGUGCUGGCUCCAUCGACCACAUCAGUAUCCGUCAACUGCAGCUUAUCCUGUUCAAGGUGGCCCUGAUGCUGGGAGUGGAGAUCCAUGUGAAUGUGGAAUUUGUGCGGGUCCUGGAGCCUCCCGAAGACCAAGAAAAUCAAAAAGUCGGAUGGCGGGCAGAAUUCCUCCCUGCAGACCACGCCCUGUCUGACUUUGAGUUUGACGUCAUCGUUGGUGCUGAUGGCCAUAGGAGUACACUAGAAGGGUUCAGAAGGAAAGAGUUCCGAGGAAAGCUGGCCAUCGCCAUCACCGCCAACUUCAUAAACAGGAACAGCACAGCUGAGGCUAAGGUAGAGGAGAUCAGUGGUGUGGCCUUCAUCUUUAAUCAGAAGUUCUUUCAGGACCUGAAAGAAGAGACAGGGAUUGAUCUCGAGAACAUUGUUUACUACAGGGACUGCACCCACUACUUUGUCAUGACAGCCAAGAAGCAGAGCCUGCUGGACAAAGGCGUCAUCAUUAAUGACUACAUUGACACCGAGAUGUUGCUGUGUACAGAGAACGUGAACCAGGACAACCUGCUCUCCUACGCCCGCGAAGCCGCAGAUUUCGCCACCAAUUACCAGCUGCCAUCCCUAGACUUUGCCAUGAAUCACAACGGGCAGCCAGAUGUGGCCAUGUUUGACUUCACCUCCAUGUAUGCCUCGGAGAACGCAGCCCUGAUGCGUGAGCGCCAGUCUCACCAACUACUCGUGGCCCUCGUGGGUGACAGCUUGCUCGAGCCAUUUUGGCCCAUGGGCACAGGCUGCGCCCGAGGCUUCCUGGCAGCCUUUGACACAGCAUGGAUGGUGAAGAGCUGGUACCAGGGUACCCCUCCCUUGGAGGUGCUAGCUGAAAGAGAGAGUCUCUACCGGCUGUUACCUCAGACAACCCCAGAGAACAUCAACAAAAACUUUGAGCAGUACACAUUGGACCCAGCCACACGGUACCCAAACCUGAACUUGCACUGCGUCAGACCUCAACAGGUGAAACAUUUGUACAUCACAAAGGAGCUGGACCGCUUCCCUCUGGAGAGAUGGGGCUCAGGAGGGAGAUCUGUCAGCCUCUCUAGGCGGGAGUCAGACAUACGACCUAACAAGCUCUUGACCUGGUGCCAGCAGCAGACCGAGGGGUACCAGCACGUCAGGGUCACCGACCUGACCACAUCCUGGCGCAGCGGCUUGGCCCUGUGUGCCAUCAUCCACCGCUUCCGGCCAGAGCUGAUCAACUUUGACUCACUGAAUGAAGAUGAUACUGUGGAGAACAAUCAACUAGCAUUUGAUGUGGCCAAGCGUGAGUUUGGGAUCCUGCCUGUGACCACAGGCAAAGAGAUGGCAUCUACCCAGGAGCCAGACAAGCUCAGCAUGGUCAUGUACCUCUCCAAGUUCUAUGAGCUCUUCCGGGGCACCCCACUGCGACCUAUGGAUUCCUGGCGUAAAAACUAUGGAGAACAUGCAGACUUUGGCUUGGGCAAAUCAUUCAUUCCAAACAACUAUCUUAACCUCACGUUUCCCAGGAAGAGAACCCCACGGGUAGACACGCAGACCGAAGAGAGCGACAUGAACAAGAGGCGGAGGCAGGGCAUCAACAACCUGGAAGAGCUGUCAGGCUUCUCCAGCCGUAGCCUGGGCUCCUCUCAAGAGCACUCUAAAGAAGGUGGCAAUCAGAACAAAGUCAAGUCCAUGGCCAAUCAGCUGUUAGCCAAGUUUGAGGAGAACACACAGAACCCUUUAGCCUCGAAACAGGACUGCCGCCAUGUCUCAGGCAUAGGUAAGCCCGUCCUGUGCUCUGCCUCUCGCCCUCCUGGUCCCUCUCGAUGCCCCAAGCUGGAGGAGUCCACUCCCAGGCUCCCACCUCCUCUGAAAAGGCAGUUCUCCUCCAUGGUGGCAACAGGACAGGUGCUCAGAGAACUCAAUCAAGUACCUGCUAGUGGCGAGGGUACAAGCAGGCCCUGGAGAGCCAGGGCCAAGUCAGACCUGCAACUGAUUGGGGCUGAAAACCUCGCCACCCUGCCUCGCACCUGCCAAGGGGCCAUGGCUCUGUCAGGGGUGCUGCGGCGGCUGCAGCAAGUAGAAGAAAAGGUCCUCCAGAAGAGGGCCCAGAACUUGGCUAACAGGGAAUUUCACAAAAAGAACAUUAAAGAGAAGGCAGCUCACCUGGCCUCCAUGUUUGGACACGGGGAUUUACCACAGGAUAAACUCCUGUCUAAGCGUUUGCCUCGCACUCACCCUCCAUCUCCUCCCUCUUGCCUUCCGUCUCCUGAUCCAGCUGCUUCUUCCUCUCCACCGGCUGCCGACUCUGUUUCUCCUGCCAGAAAGCUGACGGUAGGGAAAGUGUCCAGCGGAAUAGGGGCUGCAGCUGAAGUUCUGGUCAAUCUGUACUUGAAUGAUCACAGACCUAAGACACAGGCCACCUCUCCAGACCUGGAAUCCGUGCGAAAGGCGUUUCCCCUGAGCCUGGGCGGCAACGACACCUGCUACUUCUGUAAGAAGCGCGUGUAUGUGAUGGAGCGGCUGAGCGCCGAGGGCCACUUUUUCCACCGGGAGUGCUUCCGAUGCAGCAUCUGCGCCACCACCCUGCCCCUGGCUGCCUAUGCCUUUGACUGCAACGAAGGCAAGUUCUACUGCAAGCCCCAUUUCAUUCACUGUAAAACCAACAGCAAACAACGGAAGAGGCGGGCAGAGCUGAAACAGCAAGGAGAGGAGGAAGGGACAUGGCAGGAGCCAGAAGCACCUCGGAGAGACACUCCCCCGGAAAGCUCUUGUGCAGUGGCGGCCAUCAGCACGCCAGAAGGCAGCCCCCCAGAUGAGCCCACCUCUCCCAAGAAGCCAAAGAGUGUCCCUGAGCCCAAGCCCAGAGUCUCGGAAGUUGAAGCCACCUCUCCCCGGCCCUCUGAAUGGACUUCAGUGAGGAUCAGCCCUGGAGAGGAUGCAGUCGGGCAGGACGUGCUCGCUGUGCGUGUCCUGGUCACGAGUGAGGACAGCAGCUCUGAUACAGAAUCCGACUACGGCAGUGUCGCAGGCCCCUGUGCAGAGGCUGCUGAGGAAAGACCCCCACCUCCCGAAUCCCCACCUCUCUCAAAGCCCCUAACCCGUCACACCUCCCUGCGGGAGCCCCUCACCCAUCCGGUCUCUCUGCUACACCAGGAGGAUCCACGAGUUGUGCCUGCUCUGCACCGGACCCACAGCCUCCAGACUCCAGCUCCAAGCAAAUACCAGAGCUGGAGAGGAGAAUUCCAGUCCAAGUCAACAUCCAUGAACCGAAGAACCCCUUCAUCUCCAAAAGAGCCUCCUCCUCCUCCUCCUCCAUCUUUGUCUUCCUCAUCUUCACCGACAUCUUCAUUUUCUUCAGCCAGUGUACCUGGGCUCACUACAGAUAAUUCCUUGCCUGCUCAGGUGCCAGCUUACAACUUUCACUCCCCAAUGGUCUCCAGAGGUGAUUUCAGCCCCACUCCAAUCUACCUCAGACGUGCCAGGGCUCAAGGGAUUUCGAAGCAAAUCCCUUUCUAUCUCCCUCACGGCCCCAUGCUGGAGAACACGGAAUAUGGUCUGCUGAGCCCUGGUGGAGAAGGCCUCAGAAGCUCUGGGGACACGGCCUCGAAGGGAUGCCAGGAGUCACAGGCUCCUGGGAGCACCAAAAGCAUGCACAGAGAUUCCCAUCCCAUUACAGGGAAGGACCAGUGUGUGUCCCAUCAAAACCCAGGAGAGGUGAGGGAGGGACCCCGGAGGGAACAGACAUGUGGCCCAGAGCCGUCCAAAGAAAGGAAGCUGGGCUUGAAGAAAUUAGUCCUCACUCAGGAGCAGAAGACCAUGCUGCUAGACUGGAAUCACCCCACCCCUGUGCACAAGGCUGGGGAGCAGCUCCCCCAGGAAAGUGCUGCAAAUCACAGAGGCCAGAGCCUGAAAGCUGCAGUCUGCUCCUCCACCCUCUCCCAGGCCGGGAAAGAGAAACUGCUACCCCAGGCGAGGACUGUGGGGGAGGUUCGAACCCCAGCGGUCAAGUCUCCACAGGAGAAAGAAGUGCCUCCGCCCAAGUCCCCCCUGAAGCUCAUAGCAAAUGCCCUCCGAAGGUCUCUGAACCGCAAUUCUGAAAGUGGGAAGAAGACCUGCUCCAAACCAGAGUCAAAAACCUUGCCUCAAGGCCAGCCGCAUGCCUUCACUCGUUCCUUUAGCCUCAGGAAACCCGGUUCUAAUAAAGAUGGGGACCAGCAGUCUCCAAAGAGAUACAUGGCCAAGAAGGCUUCUGCCUUCUUCUCUCUGGCUUCCCCAACAUCUAAGGCUGCCCAGGCCUCGGACUUGAGCCCUCCUGACCCCCUCCUCCGCACCCGGAGCUUGCCCAGUCGACACUCCAAGAUGUCCUUUGCAACAUCCCCACCCUCAGGCAGCAAGACUGAAGAUGUCCCUACCCUCCUGGAGAAAGUGAGUUUGCGGGAUGCCAAGUACCUUCCAAAUGAAAGACCCUCGAGUAAUUCUUCCCAUGGCUUCAAAGAUAAAUCCUUUGAGAGUUUUCUCCAGGAAUGCAAACAAAGAAAGGACAUUGGACACUUCUUUAACAGCCCCGUGGGGCCACCGGGGAACAAAGUCCCGUCCUUGGAGAGGCUGGUACAGCCUUUUGGCAGCACCUCCAUGGGGCAAGUGUCUCUUUCUUCUUCCACAGGGCCAGAUGCACGCCCUGGAGCUCAAGUGACAGAGGCCACCUCCUCUCCCUCUUCCACCACCUCGUCCUCCGCAGAGGAAGACUUGGACUCCCAGCUGUCCUCGGGGUUAAAGGUACCCAGAAGAAGGAGGAAGCUGGAGAAGCAGUUGGCUAAGCAAGAAGAAUUGAAAAGACUCCAUAAGGCUCAGGCCAUCCAGAGACAGCUGGAGGAGGUGGAAGAGCGGCAGAGGAUGUCGGAUAUCCAGAGCGUGAGGCUGGAGAAGGUGCUGAGAGGAAAAGCAGAUUCAGGGACACAGGAUGAAGCCCAGCUCUUGCAGGAGUGGUUGAAGCUGGUUCUGGAGAAGAAUAAAUUAAUGCGAUACGAGUCGGAGCUACUGAUCAUGGCCCAAGAACUAGAACUAGAAGAUCACCAGAGCAGGCUGGAGCAGAAGCUACGAGAGAAAAUGCUCAAGGAUGAGAGCCAGAAAGAUGAGAAUGAUCUAAAGGAGGAGCAAGAAAUCUUUGAGGAGAUGAUGCAGGUGAUUGAGCAAAGAAAUGAGCUCGUGGAUUCCCUAGAGGACCAGCGUGUCAAAGAAAGAACCCAAGACCAACACUUUGAAAACUUCGUUCACUCCAGAGGCUAUCAGCUCAGCAGGACUUGAGGUGCCCCUUCCCCCACAUGAAGCUGGAGAGCCUAGAACACCACACUUUCCCACCCAGGCAGUUUAUUUA